CUAUAAGUAAGCAAGCAAGCGGCCCCACCCUGGUCACUGCCACCAUACACUGAUUCUCCCCCCAUACCCAGGCCAGCCCAUUUCCCUGGCACCUCUCCUGUCUCCCGUUACCAAGUCUUAACGAUCUUGCUUUCUCGGCGCCCAGCCUCCAACCAUCUUCUCGAACCCUCGAAUCCAACCGCGCGCUGCAAUAAACCCUACGACGACGAUAGGACGACGUCUAACCUCCUGCGAGGGGGAAACUUGACAUAGUUCGUAUAUUACCCUGACUUGGACGCGAUACGGAAAGAGCGCAAGCGCUGCAGAACCUCGACGAGCCGUCUUUCUGGAGACUUCGGGAUAGGCGAACCCUCCCACACGAGGACGAAGUGGUCCGAUAAAACAUCCUAACCGCGUGCUUCUCGAAGCCCUCGAAAGGGCCAUUCUCUCAUUCCAUGGCGGACGUUGUGAGAUAGCACGCUUUUUGGUCGAUCCCUCGUGGCCGCGCCCGGUCCAAUAGUCCCCGAAGCCACUUUGGAACCAUUCCUCAUCUCGGGUCUUCCCAUAAUCUCCAUGACCACGACAUUGAGUAUGUCGACGGCCUGCGCGCCGCUUACAGUAGCAGCAGGCGGCGUCCUGUCCCUCGUGGGCGCCACGCCUACGAUGCUCGCUGAGAGUGCCGUUUACUUUCCACCCUGUGCGACAGCCACAGAUUUAGCCCAUCGUGCCAUUAUUGUCACUGGCGGCGUGAGCACCGAUGAGACUACUGACCCAUUGGGCUCACCCGAAUAUUCUGAUUUUCGACCUUACUUCUAUGAAACCAUUUUCCCGCAAUGCUAUGCGCUUGCUGCUACCACUGUUCUUGCCUACAUGCUCUUUAUCAUGCUUGUGAUCGUCCCGAGGUCCUUUUUAGAUGGAGGUGUUGUUACUUUGGGACGCCGUGGCUUUACUAAUGGCCAUUCAAAUGGCAUCACAAUUGGUGGCCGUCCAUGGCUUCAGAAGGUUGCCACGCUCCUCGUUGCCGUGUCACUUACUAUCGCAACUGUUGAUACCUUUCGUGUUGCCGAGGAGCAAUACUACCAGGGUUAUCAGGAUGUCCAUAGAUUACAAGAGCGUGUACUUGGUGGGACGCAGCUCAAAACGAUCCAGCUCAUUUCGGAUACCUUCCUUUGGUUGGCACAAGCGCAAACACUAAUCCGCCUAUUUCCGCGCCAGCGCGAGAAGAUUAUUAUCAAAUGGACAGCCUUUGCGCUUAUUAGCCUCGAUGUCAUCUUUGGUGCCCUCAACAGCUUUCAGUUCAUGGGCUCCAAUAACUAUAAGCCGCGUCAGUUCACUGAGGCGGUCCCGGCGCUCAGCUAUCUAUUUCAACUAUCACUUGGCCUGCUGUAUGCUGCGUGGGUUAUCUACUACGCACUGACGAAGAAGCGAUACGCUUUUUAUCAUCCUCUGAUGAAGAACAUUUCUCUAAUGGCCGCACUUUCAAUCGUUUCUUUAUUGGUACCGGUCGUUUUCUUCGUACUGGAUAUCGCGAAACCGAAUUUUACUGGAUGGGGCGAGUAUGUGAGGUGGGCUGGUGCGGCAGCAGCAAGUGUUAUUGUGUGGGAAUGGGUGGAGCGUAUCGAAGCACUAGAACGCGAAGAAAAGAAAGAUGGCGUUCUGGGCCGUGAGGUAUUCGAUGGUGAUGAGAUGAUAGAUAUGACGCCUUCGGACCUUACAUGGCCUCGCCGAAGGAAGAACUUCAAAAACAAUAGUGAUGCGGGUAAUGGGGAUGAAGGAGCUACAUCCUCUUCUGUCCCCUGGCCUGCAAUGUCAUCCAUCGCGAAGCGCUAUCGCUCAAAAUCAGAUAAUGGGGCACAACGGGGUGCGACCCCGCAAGCUUCAACAACUAGUAGAGAAACGGGUCGGUUUCUACAACCGCCACUUUGGCCAUCUCGCCCACCUCCAGCAAUUACGCCCGUCAGUAGAACGGACACAGCUAGUGCCGAUAGCACGAUAUAUCGGGUUCGGUAUCAACCUCUGACCGAGACUGCUUCUAGGACCACAGAUGAUAGGAUUCGACCAUUGUCCAGAGGGGACACCGUGGCUUCCUCAAAUUCAGGUGCGGCGAUGGAAAAGACUGAGUCACAUGUUUCCAUCUCGAUACCGACAUUGCAACAACAAGGUUCCAUUACUACAAGAUCGGAAGGACCAAAUGCUGAAACUGGCAAGCGCUGGGACUCCUGGUUACCUUCGAACCUAUUCCAUCGCAGGAGUCGUGAUCCCCCCGCAGAGGUCCUACCACAUACUAUGCCAAAAUCAGACACGCCAAAGCGAGAUCAUGAAAGCUUAUCAAGGUGGGAUUUACGAAGUCGAAUAGAGGAUAUUGCUGCUACGCAAGCUGAGAGAGUCCUUCAACGCAUACGCCCAACACCUGAUACAAACAGUUUACCAGUCACUGUCAUUCCCGCCCCGCCACGGCGUGGAGCAGCUUUGGGUCGGUUGUUAGAAGAGGAAAGAAUCGGGUCAGCACCAGCUUCAUCUGAGCCUUCUAACCAAAGUACCGAGGAUAGCAACCUCAGAUCACACACAACGAUCUCGCGUCCAUCUACCCGCCGAACCGGAAGCUAUAGUGGAGCCGCGCAAAACAUGAGACCACCGUUGUCCAAUAUUCCUGACCGCAGUAAUACAUCGCCCCAUAACUCUUCCGAUACGCGCCACAGCGGCUCUAGCUCUGAUGUCGUGGAUGGGGACCGGCAAAAUGCAGGGUUGGUCGAACGGCGACAGGCUGAUGAUAUGGUAUAGAAUCAGCUCAAAUCAGGUGGGCCAUUAUGAGCGACCUGAUCUACGUUGGCUCUACCUUGGGGAUUAGACUUGCUGAAUUUACGACGAUAUGAUAGCGCGGCGCAUGGAUUUCGUAUUUCUCAUGGACUUUUUGCAAGCGGCAUUGACUGGAGUUAUAGGGGUCAAAAUGGGCUGUCUUUUCUUGGACCCUUGGAUACCAGGUAUAACAUAGUGAUAUAGGCGAAUAUAAAUCGAAGCUGUAUAUUGGCGGCCCAGAGAGGGCUCAUGUACAUAAUCUCUCACCAAGGAGUGUUCCAUCUUUCAACUCUUCAAAGCAUCAAUGGUCGCAUGCCAGGUCUCGCGUAGCCCCUCAUGCAGUACUUGCAGUUUGUUACUUGUGAAAUAUUAGAUAACUUCUUGAAUCAAUCCACUGAAGGGCCUUGGACCCCUAUUUCUACUCAGCUGGCCAAACAGCUAUCGCUAUUGGUUGGUGUACUGACUCGCUCUCGGUCAUGUCUGUCUGCCCUGAUGAUUGAAGUGGCCUAAUGCCC